GGGGUGGGCAGCGAGAAGAAUCCUUCCGUGGCAGUAAUGCACCACAUCAUUGCACGAUAUGCGCUCCUGAUAGAUAUAAGUGCCGAGUACAGUAGGCACAGGGAGGCCGGGCAGAGAGAAGUGCAACCUUGGGCGCAAUCGGAGUGGCCUAGAUUGCGGUAUAACAACAACGAGAAAGUUAGUCCAAUUCUCACAACGCAAAGCACGGCAAGGCCAGGCGGGAAGCUGCACGUAGAGUACGGCACGUUUGUUUCUCUCGAGAAUUCAUUUGACCAAGACUAUGCGCUCACUCUGCGCAGGCUUCAAGGUAGUGCUGUGGGCAAUCCGCUAUUUCGAGACCCAUUUGGAGCCAGGGCAUCUUCCGGGGGUCGGCUUGUGGCCUUGUGCUGGCUAAAAUAGUGGUGGCCUGCACGAUAACAACCCCAGAAGAGAUAUUUUUCCUGCAGAGUCCAGACUAGGAAAUUCACGGCUAUGUGGCCAGAAUAAGGCUUG